AAAUUAAAUCAGUCUUAAAUCGUGUGCUGAGCGGUGCGUUCGCCAGUUCUUUCGGUUCUUGUUCCCCCAUCUCGCAGUGAAGACAAAAGAGAAGAAACGCUUGAAAAUGUACCAGCGUCAGGUCUCCUUUGAUAAGCCAACGCGCAUUGAGGAUUCGGCGUAUAUUGCCGAGGGUGUGGAUAUUCAGGAGGCCAGGAAUACCUGUCUGCUGUUCUCGCCGAAGGACUCGUCGCUGUCCAGCGGUGCCCUGGCCAAUAUCUUGGCCAUCUUCAAGAAGCACGACAUCAAUCUGGUGCACAUUGAGUCCCGCUCCUCGCUACGCGUCCCCGGCUAUGAGUUCUUCGUGGAGUGCGACGGCAAGUCAGGGGCUCUGGGCAGGGCCAUUGCCGAUGUGAAGGACCAGUGCAGCUACUUCAAUAUCAUUUCUCGAGACUACAAGGACAAUGCCACGGCUGUGCCCUGGUUUCCACGGCGUAUACGCGAUCUAGAUCGCUUUGCCAAUCAGAUUCUCAGCUACGGCGCCGAGCUGGACUCCGAUCAUCCCGGAUUUACCGAUCCGGAGUACCGCAAGCGCCGCAAGUACUUUGCGGACAUUGCCUACAACUACAAGCACGGCGAGACCCUGCCCCACGUGGAGUACUCCAAGGAGGAGACCGAGACCUGGGCCAUUAUCUUCCGCAAUCUGACGAAGCUCUACAAGACGCACGCCUGCCGGGAGUACAAUCAUGUCUUCCCCCUGCUGGUGGACAAUUGUGGCUUCAGGGAGGACAAUAUCCCACAGCUGGAGGAUGUCUCCAACUUUUUGAGGGACUGCACUGGCUUCACCCUUCGUCCCGUGGCUGGUCUGCUCAGCUCCCGCGAUUUUCUCGCCGGCUUGGCCUUCCGCGUCUUCCACUCCACUCAGUACAUUCGGCAUCCCAGCAAGCCCAUGUACACCCCCGAGCCCGAUGUCUGCCACGAGCUGUUGGGGCAUGUGCCCCUCUUUGCCGAUCCUGCUUUUGCUCAGUUCAGUCAGGAGAUUGGCCUGGCUUCCCUGGGAGCCCCAGACGAUUACAUUGAGAAGCUCUCAACGAUCUUCUGGUUCACUGUGGAGUAUGGUCUGUGCCGUCAGGAGGGUGAGCUGAAGGCCUUCGGCGCUGGUCUGCUCUCCUCCUACGGCGAGCUGGAGUACUGCCUCACGGAGAAGCCCAUGCUGAAGGACUUUGAGCCAGAGGUGACUGGUGUUACCAAGUAUCCCAUCACACAGUUCCAGCCCCUCUACUAUGUGGCCGACAGCUUCGAGAGUGCCAAGGAGAAGACCAUUAAAUUCGCCAACUCGAUUCCACGUCCGUUUGGUGUCCGCUACAACGCCUACACGCAGAGUGUCGAAGUGCUGGACUCGAAGCACCAGAUAUCGAAUCUGAUGAACACCAUCAGCUCCGAGUUCCAGAUUCUUCAGAAUGCCGUUGACAAGCUACGUGUCUGAAGGAGAGCUCAUUUCACAUCUACUUUUUUACCUACGCCCUUCUCCAUAGAUCUUUAGGAAUGUUUUCUGUAUUUGUACAUGCUAAAUAAAUAAUUACCAAAAUUGUA